CUGCUGAUAGGCUCAGAGAAGGCUGCCCAGGAAAAGAAGGCGAAGUGGUGGAUUGAUUGGGUCAUCCCCGCGGCAACCGAUGGACAAACACGAUCAAGCUGGACAUCCUGUCAGCAGGGACUCUGGUUUCCGAUGCUCAGUCAGGCCGAGUAUUUCAAUGAGACUUGAUGCUCAUGUCUAUUGACCAUCAUGAGUAAUUGGUAUUGGUGGAAUUUUAUUCUGACUUUUAUAGUCGCCGAUUGUUCAGUGGUACUCUCCCAACAAAACCAGCAGCCGACAAACCCCAGGCCGCUCAAUCUGUUUGUAAUCAACGACGAGGAGAACGACAUCGGAAACAACAGUGUCAAAAACGCUUUGGUGACAAUCAAAGACAAGGACCCAACCGUUCUGGGCAAAGUGAUCGUAGUCCAGAUAAACGGCUCAGACCCGAAAGCAGCUCUAGACAAAAUCUGCGCAGCCUGGGACCCAGCAGUUCGCGAUGGAGGUCCAGGUGUCCCAGACUUGGUCCUGGAUGUAACAAGGGGAGGCUACGGCGCAGAGACAGUUUGUUCUUUCACAGCAGCAGUGGGGAUUCCAACAUUCUCCGCCCAGUUUGGUCAGAAGAACGACCUGCGACCCUGGCUGGACUUAAGCCCCGAUCAGCAGAGUUACCUGGUCCAGAUCAUGCCUCCAGCAGAUUUGAUACCAGAAGCAAUUCGGCAACUUUGUUCCAACAUGAACAUCACCAACGCUGCAAUAAUCUUCGACAACGGCUUCGUUAUGGACCACAAGUACAAGAGUCUUCUCCUGAAUAUUCCAACCCGGCACGUAAUCGUUCGUGCUAAGACCACCGACAAGGAAGUCAACAAUCAGUUGCAAAGACUCCGGGACCUAGAUAUCGUAAACUUCUUCCUUCUGGGAAACGAAAACACCUUGAUUAAGUACCUGGACAUCGCUGACAUGAAAAACUUCACUGGUCGGAAAUUCGGCUGGUACGCUCUGACUAUGUCUGAACAGCCAGAACUCAAGUGCAACAACAAGAACAUCUCUCUUCUGCUCUUCGAACCAAAAUUGACAUCUUCCAAUCAACAACAUCUCAGUUCCCUGACCAACCAAGGAAUCAUCCAGAAACCGUAUCUAGCCUCCGCGUUCUACUACGACCUGGUCCGAGUUGGAGUCAGUGCUAUGAAAUCAGCAAUAAAGGAAAAUGCUUGGCCAAAUGCUCCUUCUCAUAUUACUUGCGAUCAAUACAACCGGAACAACACGCCAUCGCGAGAUGGAUUCAAUCUACUGAAGUGGUUGAUAGACGCAACCACAACCGGAUUUGAACCCACUUUUGCAGGGUUUGCUUGGGAUAAACGGAAUGGCGAACAUCAUGCGUCUUUUGAUAUGGACAUCAACAUGAAGGUCAUUGACAACGGGAAUGUUAUCUCUACUACUCCGAUGGGAUCAUGGAGCGCCAACGUUGACUCGCCUUUGAAUAUUACAGCCUAUGAGACAGUCGACAGCCACACAGCGAUAACUAGUUUUCGUAUAGUAACAGUGCAAAUAGCGCCAUUUAUUUACAUAAACGAAACAACUCAUGAAUGGCAAGGCUAUUGCAUCGACUUGUUAACAGAAAUCCAAGGCAUAAUGAAUUUUGAAUAUGAAUUGUACGAAUCUCCUGACGGAAACUUUGGAGCAAUGAACGAACAAGGGGAAUGGAACGGCAUGAUAAAGGAGCUGAUUGACAAGCGUGCUGAUAUCGCAUUAGGGACACUUUCUGUAAUGGCGGAGCGUGAAAACGUGGUUGACUUCACAGUACCGUACUACGAUCUCGUUGGAAUAUCGAUCUUGAUCCGUAAGAAGAAGGAAGAGACAUCUUUGUUCAACUUUUUGACGGUACUUAACCGAACAGUGUGGUUAUGUAUUUUGGGCGCUUACUUCUUUACCAGUUUUCUCAUGUGGAUAUUCGAUCGAUGGUCCCCAUACAGCUACCAGAACAACAGGGAAAAGUACAAGGAUGACGAGGAAAAACGCGUCUUCCAUUUAAAAGAGUGUCUCUGGUUUUGUAUGACGUCACUUACUCCUCAAGGCGGCGGGGAAGCCCCCAAAAAUCUAUCUGGGCGCCUUGUAGCUGCCACCUGGUGGCUGUUUGGGUUCAUUAUUAUUGCAUCCUACACGGCUAAUUUAGCGGCUUAUUUGACUGUGGCACGAUUGGAGCAGCCUAUUGAGUCACUUGAUGACCUCAGCAAACAAUAUAAGGUCCAGUAUAGUCCGAUUAAGCCCUCUGAAGCUUACACCUACUUUAAACGGAUGGCUGCUAUUGAGGAUAAAUUCUAUGAAAUAUGGAAAGACAUGAGCUUAAACGACAGUCUAUCAGAAAUCGAACGUGCUAAAUUAGCAGUCUGGGAUUACCCAGUAAGCGACAAGUACACCAAGAUGUUCCAACAAAUGAAAGAAGCCGGGUUUCCUAAAACAAAAGAAGAAGCUAUCAACCGUGUUCGUAAGAAAUUGGAAGCCCACAACAACACUGAAUUCGCUUUUAUUGGAGACGCUACAGAAAUACGGUACCUGGAAAUGACCAGCUGUGACUUGAUUUCAAUCGGCGAAGAGUUUUCCCGCAAGCCAUACGCUAUUGCCGUUCAACAAGGGUCGCCUCUAAAAGAUCAACUAAACAAUGCGAUAUUAAAAUUGUUGAACCAACGUAAGCUCGAGUCCUUCAAAAGCAAAUGGUGGAGCAGAAACCCCAACAAAAGAAAUUGUGAGAAGGAAAGCAGCCAGAGUGAUGGUAUAAGUAUUGAAAACAUCGGUGGAGUCUUUAUUGUUAUAUUUGCCGGGAUUUUACUUGCUUGCUGUACUCUAGCCUUCGAGUACUGGUAUUACCGCUACAGGCCACGUGUUAAUGCUAAGAAACUGAGAAAAGCUAACGCUCAAGAAGGAACUAAGAUUUCUUCUCAGCGGGUUAAGCCGACGAGGUACAAUUUGAAACCAGCGCGGAAAGCUUUCGAAGAUAAUGGUAUUGAGUUCCGUGGGAGAUUUUAAAUUUUUGAAUUUCCCGCGGGUGUAGUUGUGGAGGUUUUUAGCCUUACAAUUGGCAAGCUUGGUGUCAAUAUGGCUGAUAUGGAAUUUUUUUGAUUAUACUGCUGUGAUAAGCACAAAAGUAGUCUGCAAUAAUCAUGAAAUCGAAAAAUUGUAAUUUUUCUUUUUAAAGUAUACUUAUUUUUCUACAAUAAACUCUAAGCAAUUUAUAAGUUCAGGUUUUCACUUGAGGGAUAUUUAAAUUGCCAAUUAAAAAUUAAAAGUCCGACUAUCAAGAGUAAUUUGCUAAAAUAGAUUGUUUUUUUAUUUUUUAAGUUUAAUUUUAAACAAUUGAUGAUUUCAAUUUAAAAAAAUAACUUUUUAAAGUUAUCACUUAUAACGCGCCAUGUAAGCAGGAUUGCGCUCACAGUUCUCAACUGAUCUUUACGAAAAUUUGUGGGCUUAUUCUGUGGAUCAAUACUAAGAUCAAGUUUGAAGAUGAGCAAAAUCGGCCGGUUAGUUUACGAAAUGUGAAUGUUCGAAAAUUUUUUUUAUUUCUAAAAAAUUUGGAAUUUCGUAUAUUUUAUGGAAAUAAUUUUCUAGAUGUAAAAGAUAGAUUAAAUCUAUUAAAUUUAUCUCAAACUUCAUUUAAUUACCUUCAAUUGAUGCUAUUAUUCGUCUAGUUUUGAUGAUUUUUUUAAUCAAUUCCAUGAUUUUGAAAAUUUGAAAAAAUUUUUCAAUUAUCGUUUU